AUGUUUCGACUUCUCCCGAGGACGCUCUCUGUUGCGCGUCCAAUCGCAUGGUCAAUUACCUCUGCUCGAUCUUUCAGCAAUACUGCACAACUGCUUGCUACCGUCUCCAAGACGAAAGCAAAGCCUAAAGUAACGAAGAAGCCCGCAGCUAAGACUGCUAGCAAGAGUGGAAGGCCGUCAAGCCGACAAACGACUACUGCAAAAAGAUCAACCGCAAAGACAUCAACUGCAAAGAAAGUAACUGCAUCAUCGGCAAAGAAGAAGUCAACUCAAAAACCAACCAAAAAGCUUGCAGCAAAGCCCAUCAAGAAAAAACCUGUCAAGAAGAAACCAGUGACCCCUAAAAUUAAGAUUCCUCCCUUGAAGGGACCUAAGAAACCCGGAAAUGCGUUCAGCCUGUUUAUGAAAGAUACCUUUCAAGAGGAAAAGGAAAAAAAUCCCGAUAUGAAAGUGACAGAAAUCUGUAAACUUGCUGCCAAUAGAUGGAAGACUCUUCCUGAGGACGAGAAAUUGGUUUAUCAAGACAAGUCUGUGCAAGCGAAAGCCGAUUUCGAAAAGGAAAAUCAAAAAUUCUUAGAGUCUUUGACCCCGCUGGAUUAUGCGCGUGAAAAUUUGCGUCGACGAGCAAAGAAGGAGAAACCUAUGAAAGAUCCGAAUCUACCAAAGAAACCACUCUCAGGAUUUUUACACUUUGCGGUAGAUAUGAUGAAACAACCCGAAUUCGCUAUAGAGCCAAGUAUCACCCAACGAAUGUCGGCUAUUAGUAAGAGAUGGAAGGAAAUGAAUGAUGAUGAAAAGAAGACAUAUGUGGACAGAUACGCGGAAGAAAAAGCGAAAUAUUUGACUGCAAAGGAGGUUUAUACGAAACAGCUGGAUAAAUUAAAGGAAGCAAAUCCUCUAUAA